UCACUCGGGAGCACACCGAGGCGAACACCAGCACUCUUUCACCUACACACACACGAGCGCGCAGGCACAAACACACAGACACACACACAUUGAGAGGACUUGGGCGAGUUAGCUUCUUUACACGGACGUAUUGUUUUACAGAGCCGGGAGAUUUUCUGGGAUUUCGUUGUGGUAAGCAAGAGAGACAGAGUCAGCAAGGAUGAGCUACGCUGAGCUGACGGACCUCCUGGGCCUGCUGGACGAGUUCAACAUCACCAUCCACGACGACUCGGACAACAUGUCGUCGGUGGAGCGCUGCGUCUUCGGCUUCAGCCUGAGCGCCGUGCUCUACUCCCUCUCCGUGCUCUACAUCUUCAUCUUCCUCACGGGCCUGGCGGCCAACGCCGUGGUGGUGUGGGUGAACGUGCGCACCGAGCGCACCAACCGCUACGAGACGCACCUCUACAUCCUCAACCUGGCCAUCGCCGACCUGUGCGUGGUGGCCACCCUGCCCGUCUGGGUCAGCUCGCUGCUGCAGCACGGCAACUGGCCGUUCGGCGGCGCCAUGUGCAAGAUCACGCACCUGGUCUUCAGCAUGAACCUCUUCAGCAGCAUCUUCUUCCUCACCUGCAUGAGCGUGGACCGCUACCUGUCCGUGGUGCUGUUCGGCGACGCCGACAGCCGCCGCAAGAAGAUCGUCCGCCGCCUCAUCUGCAUGCUGGUCUGGCUCCUGGCCCUGGUCGCCUCGCUCCCCGAGAGCUACUUCCUGGACGCGGUCAAGAGCCCUCACUCGGAGCAGACCGUGUGCAAGGCCACCUACCCCGGCGAGCGCGAGUGGACGGCCGGCAUCCAGCUCAGCUUCAACAUCCUGGGCUUCGCCAUCCCCUUCCCCGUCAUCUGCCUCUUCUACUUCCUGCUGGCCCGCGCCCUGUCCUCCUCCACCGACCCCGAGCGUUGCCUGAGCCGCAAGAUCAUCUUCACCUACAUCAUGGUGUUCCUGGUCUGCUGGCUGCCCUUCCACGGCGUGCUGCUCAUGGAGACGCUGGCCGUGCUCAACUUCCUGCCCUUCAGCUGCCAGCUGGACCACUUCCUGGGCGUGGCGCUGCAGGUGACGCAGUGCCUGUCGGUGGUGCACUGCUGCAUCAACCCCAUCAUCUACAACUUCAUCAACAAGAACUACCGCUACGACCUCAUGAAGGCCUUCAUCUUCAAGUACUCCACCAAGACCGGCCUGGCCAAGCUCAUCGACGCCUCGCGCGUCUCCGAGACGGAGUACUCGGCGGUGGACAUCCACUCUCCGCUGUGAGGAACCCUGAGGAGAGAUGGCAAGCUGGAGGAGGACUGUGACUCGCAGUAGAUCGCAGAGAGGACUGGAAUCAACUCGAACUCUUUGAAGAAUUGAUGUGUGUAAAAAUCAGCUCUGUAUAGUCCAAACAUGUGUCAACAUAUGUGUAAAACGAACUACAGAGGUGACAUUCCUGGCCAUACUCAUUUUACUUUUAUUUUGUAAAUGGGUCCCUUUUAUACCUGUGACCUACGGACUAAGAGAACAGCUUUUGUUUUCGACUGCCGUGACAGAAGGAGGACUGCUGGGUAGGACUUUUAACGAAAAAGCACUUGAAGAGAGUUUCGGCUGAAAGUGGUCUGUGUGCAGGGGCCACAGACCUGUAAAAAAUGGCCAUUAAGCUCCUAUCAACCCAAAACACGCACACACCCCAAACCCAGUCUCCAACAUGCACACACAUACACACGCACGCACGCAUGCACAC